CACAAUUCAACCCGUUUCCCAAUUGGAAAUCUUGCUUUUGCUUAAAAAGUUGCACCUCUAUAUUAAUCAUAUUCAGUUUACUUAAGGUUCUCUGUUCUUAAUUCUAUUUACUGAAACCAGCGCUCGCUUAUCAGAUAAUACUAUGAAGCAUUCCAAGGAUCCUUUUGAAGCUGCCAUUGAGGAACAGGAGGGCUCGCCCCCUGAAUCCCCUGUUGGCCUUGACGAGAAUGAAAACGAAGACCAAGCUGCACCUAAUGAUAGUGUUCAUGUAGAUGAUGAUGUUAACAUCAAUCCUGGUCAAGGAAAUCGUUUGACAUCUAUAACUGCACCAAUUCCUGUUGGUACUGCUGGUCCAAGUAGUAAAACAAAAGAGGAAGAUGAGGAGGAAGAGGAAGAAAACAUGGAUGUGGAGUUAGGAAAGUUCGCAUCAAGCAGUGAUCCUGAUAAAGUGGUGAAGAUGCAGUCUAUACUAUCCCAAUUUACAGAGCAGCAAAUGAGUCGGUAUGAAUCUUUCCGUAGGUCUGGUUUUCAGAAAUCUAACAUGAAGCGGUUACUGACCAGUAUCACAGGAAGUGCAAAGAUAUCUGUUCCAAUGACAAUUGUGGUGUCUGGUAUAGCAAAAUUGUUUGUCGGUGAGCUUGUUGAAACAGCUAGAAUGGUGAUGGCGGAGAGAAAGGAUACAGGGCCAAUCAGGCCGUGUCACAUGAGAGAAGCGUAUAGAAGGCUAAAACUUGAAGGCAAGAUUCCAAAAGGAUCAGUACCGAGGCUUUUCCGCUAGCCAACUACAGAAGCAACUUGUGCUUUUAUUUCAGGUUUUCUUUGCCCUGUUUUGCCUACUUGACUUUCAAGAUCAUUCACUUUUUGGAUUGCCAUAGUAGUUUCCUUGCUCUACUUUUUCAUGCCAUAUAGACGUUGCUGGGCCACAGAGUUUUGGAAGGUAUGCAGAUGCUUUCGGAUUGCUUGUCUAAAUUUGUGGAGCCUGUUCGUUAUGUACUUCCAUCAGAAGGAAGUCACUUGACAUCUGGAAGAGAAAGGAUGUUAUUAUUCAUGCUACCCCCUGUUUCGGUCUAAAAAUGGGGAAAGAGAACCAAAUAUUUUUGAAUUUCUCGGGUAAAACGUCACAUCAUUGUUUUAUUUUGUACCCAAUAUCCAGAGCGUGUCUAUGUAAGAGAUGAUUAGAGCCUAACAGUAUCAAUUUUUUAUUAGGUACUGUC